GUCACUAAAUCUGUCAAAAGUAUGGCCUUACGUGUGUUUCUUUUAUUUGUGUUUGGAAAUAAUAUUGCAAUUUACGAUGAAAUCUAAAUUUUUUAUGGUGACUAAAUCCGCGAUAACAUCAAUAAGCUUAGGUUUCAUUCAUACCAGUAAUCAUGUUGUUUUUAGAUAGAUCGACACGAACCGAAGCAAUGUCAUUCGAAUCGAAAAAGCACUUCCAAAUAAAAAUGAUUAUAGAUAAGUGUAAAACCGUAUUAAUUUUAUCCAGUGUUAUUUGUACUUUUGGCGUAUUAAUUUCGUUGCACAAGUUACUAAGUCACGAUGUCAGAUUGGCAAAGCCGUUUUCGCCCAUACCAGCUGGUUUAUAUGGCAAUUAUCUCGAGCCCUUCAUCGAGGAAUCACCCUCCGAGGCGAAAAAACCUGAUAAGGUCCGUGACGCGGAAGCAGUAGUAUCUUUAAACGCUGCGCUAGAGAUGAAAAAAAAUGGCAAGGCUGAUAAAGCUAUGAAACUUUUCCAACAUGCAUUCGCCCUCUCUCCAAAACAUGCAGAUAUAUUAAACCAUUACGGAGAAUUUUUAGAGGAAACCAAAAAAGAUAUUGUUAAAGCAGAUCAGUUAUAUAUGUUAGCUUUAUCUAAUUAUCCAGAUCACACUGGAGCAUUGAUGAACAGACAACGCACAGCUAGCAUAGUUGAAAAUUUAGACAGAGAAAUGUUACGAAAAAUAGACGAGAAACGAGAUACAUUACUCUCAAUACCUGAAAAUAAUGCAGCAUUAUGCAGAGCAAAGAAAGAAGCUUACUUCCAACAUAUUUAUCAUACUGUUGCUAUAGAGGGGAACACUAUGACUUUACAACAAACUCGUAGCAUUCUAGAGACUAGGAUGGCAGUAGCAGGAAAGAGCAUAGCCGAACAUAAUGAAAUCUUAGGCUUAGAUGCAGCUAUGAAGUAUAUUAAUUCUACAUUACUAUAUCGACUAAGAGAUAUUACAAUGGGUGAUAUAUUGGAAAUUCAUAAAAGAGUCUUAGGGCAUGUAGAUCCAGUGGAAGGAGGACACUUCAGACGGACCCAAGUGUAUGUUGGGGGUCACAUUCCACCAGGCCCUUCAGAGAUUCAAAAACUAAUGAUACAAUUCCUAGAUUGGUUGAACUCUGAAGAUGCAUUAGAGUUGCACCCUGUUAGAUAUGCAGCUCUUGCACACUAUAAACUGGUCUAUAUCCAUCCUUUCAUUGAUGGCAAUGGGCGUACUUCCCGUUUGCUUAUGAACUUACUACUGAUGCAGGCGGGCUACCCUCCUGUGAUCAUAGCAAAGCAGCACAGACACCUCUACUAUCAAUAUUUACAGACUGCUAAUGAAGGAGAUGUAAGACCAUUUGUAAGAUUCAUUGCACAGUGCACAGAACGCACAUUAAAUUUAUACCUGUGGGCUACCAGUGAAUACAGCCCAAGUAUUCCAGCUAUCGGACACCCGCAUAUACUCACUGGAGAAGGUUUUGAAGAAGAAUUGUUUUAAUUUAAACUCUGAAAUGUAUACAAAACUUGAAGCCAGAUUUUAUACUAAAAUAUUAGAACAUAAAUUACUUUCUAUUUAAGGCCAUUUUGUGAUGAUAGUUAAUUUUAUCAUUCAAAGUUAAAAAAAUGUAUUGAAUGGUAAUAUAAGUCGACUGAUUUUCAUGAAAAACUGUGACUGCAAAACUAAAGUUGUAUUUAGAUCAACCUCUACAAAAUACAUGCAAUCAUGCUUUUGAUAAUUAUCAUUAUAAUUAAUGAAUCUUACGGGCAUGAUGCUAGAACCUGUGUGAUAAUACUGCGUGCAUCUGUUUUAUUGAAACAAAACGAUAAUGUUUUUCAUGAAAUAAAUUAACAAAUACAUCUUGCAAAUUAAUGAGGCCAGCUUCAAUUACGAGAACGAUAAUUAAAUUGCAUGUACUGGAACUGAAAUUCCGCAUAUACUUCAAUUAUUUAGUAAAUGUGUUUUAAAAGAUUUGUUAGGUUGAAAUAAUAAUGUUUCGACCCUAGCAUAGUAUAUUAUAAAUGUAUAUAAAAUGAUUUCCUUUGAUGUAAGAAAAUAUUAAUUAUAUAUAGCAAAUGAAAAUAUUUUUCUAUUACAAAUUAGAUAUUCAUAUUUAAACUUUUAGACAUUAUCCUGGUUUGAGUCAGUAAAAUAUUAAAGUGCAUUUUGAGGUUAUGAAGAGAGAUUUAGUUAGACACUUAAAUAAUGGUUUACGAAAACAAUUAAUUUAUUUCUUAUAUUAGUUGAUAUGCGAAGUGCAUUUAUUUAUAACCUGCAGGCGGGUGACAUAAUACAUAUGUAAUACUGCUAUCUUUAUAUAGAUAUAAGAGAAUGGAGAUACAGUAUAUUAAACUGUGCCCUUGGAACUAUUUUGUAACAAUCUUUGUUGUACAAACGAUACUCCCCUCACCGUGAUAUGGUUCCGCAAGACACUGGCAUUAGCAUGACAUAUACAAUGUUUUAAUAUUUAUUGAUUUCGUAAGCAUAAUGUUUAAAUACAGGGUUUCUGUAGUAGUAUAUAUAAAAGGCAAAAAAAAAACUUUUUUAUUUUUGCACUGUCAUGUAUUUGUUUUAUAAGUAUGUUCUGUGAUAACAUGUUAUUUAUUUAGGUAGAAAAUAUUAAUUGUGAAUGUUGGUUUAUAAAUGAGUGUUAUAUUCCGCUUUUAAUUAAUCCAAAUAUAUAGAAAAAUAUCAGUUGACAAUUUACAUCACAAAUCAAACGUAGGCGUAACAUAAUAUAUUCAAUCUCGUGUGUCUUCCAAAAACUUUAUUUUUCCUAUUUCCAUUUUUUUUAACAAAAUUCAUUAUAAUUUUAAAUUAUUUU